CAAAUAUAUAUAAUACGCUCCCACCGACUCCUCCCUCUCCCCUCAAACACUAUCAGAGGGACCCGAACCCACAUUUCUCGAUUCCAGAGGGACCAAACUGCAAAAUUUCCCUCAUCUCCGCACACAGCUGUUCUUGGUCUCUUUUUAUUCGCAUCCUCUGCGAACUGGAUGAGGCUUGCCAUUUGUGUGCUGCCGGCGAUCAUCAGUUUGACAUGAAAGGGCAGACUGCCUUCUCUCCUGCUUCUGUGGAAGCCCGCCAUCGCCUGCCUGGAACUGCCGAUGACACGACGAAAAGAAGGGCCCCGAGAAGCACGGUUUUGAAGGAAGUCGAGAAGAUCAACGUUCUUAUUUCGGAAAAAAGUUCAAGCUGCAAAUUCCGCUCCUUAAAGCUUGUUCUGUUCACUAUCAUAUGUGGCACCUUCUUAACGUUCAUAUAUUCUCCAUCAGCCUAUAAUGAGCAUCAAAUGCAUUCCGGUUCUCGGUUUGUAGAUGUCGGGUGGCUAUGGGAUCGGGCCAUUUCUGACCCUCGAUAUGUAUCGAAAUUGGAAGUUCAAUGGGAUCAUGUAUCCAAAACCCUCCAAAAUAUACACAUCAAGGAAGGAAAUCUCAAAAUCGCAUUGCUAAACUUCAACAGCACCGAGAUCGACAGUUGGCACGAUAUACAACCACAAGCUGAACUUUCGGUGGUACGGCUCGAGCACGCAAAGGGAAGCGUUACUUGGGAAAGUCUAUAUCCGGAAUGGAUUGAUGAGGAGGAAGAGACCGAAAUACCCGUUUGCCCGUCCCUUCCCGAUCCCGAGGUCCCCGUAGGGAGGCAAUACGAUCUUGUAGCCGUUAAGCUUCCGUGUAACAGAUUGGAUGGCUGGUCAAGAGAUGUCGCGAGGCUUCAUCUGCAGCUCUCUGCAGCGAAGCUGGCAGUGGGCUCGUCAAAAGGGAAUGCGGAGGUGCAUGUCCUUUUUGUGACAGACUGUUUUCCCAUACCGAAUCUAUUUGCAUGCAAGCACAUAGUUCAAAGGGAAGGAAAUGCUUGGUUGUACAAACCUGAUUUGAGGACGUUGCGGGAGAAGAUCCGGCUGCCUGUUGGGUCUUGUGAACUCGCCAUUCCACUCAAAGCAAAAGCAAGGUUGUACUCGGUGGACAGAAAGCGAGAAGCGUAUGCAACAAUUCUUCACUCAGCUCACGUGUAUGUGUGCGGUGCAAUCGCGGCCGCCCAGAGUAUCCGGCAGGCGGGGUCCACACGGGACCUCGUGAUUCUCGUUGAUCAGUCGAUUAGCGGCCACCACCGGCACGGCCUCGAGGCUGCCGGCUGGAAAGUGCGGACCAUUGAAAGGAUCCGAAAUCCUAAAGCCGAGCGUGAUGCCUACAACGAGUGGAACUAUAGCAAGUUCCGGCUCUGGCAGCUCACUGAUUACGACAAGAUAAUAUUCAUUGACGCCGACCUCCUCAUAUUAAGGAACAUCGAUUUCCUCUUUGCAAUGCCUGAGAUCACUGCCACCGGAAAUAAUGCGACUCUCUUCAACUCGGGGGUUAUGGUCAUCGAACCCUCGAAUUGCACAUUCAACUUGUUGAUGGAUCAUAUUAACGAAAUUAAGUCGUACAACGGCGGAGAUCAAGGUUAUUUGAAUGAGAUUUUUACGUGGUGGCACCGAAUUCCAAAACACAUGAACUUCUUAAAGCACUUCUGGGAGGGAGACGAGGAGAGUGUGAAGGACAAGAAAACUUGGCUAUUUGGGGCCGACCCACCGGUUCUUUACGUACUUCAUUAUUUAGGGCUAAAGCCGUGGCUGUGCUUUCGCGACUACGAUUGCAAUUGGAAUGUGGAGCAGUUAAGGCAGUUUGCGAGCGACAUAGCGCAUGCCCGUUGGUGGAGGGUGCACGAUCGGAUGCCCGAGGGGUUGCAGGAAUUUUGCCUCCUGAAGUCGAAGCAGAAAGCGGGGUUGGAGUGGGACCGGCAGCAGGCGGAGAAGGCGAACUACACCGACGGGCACUGGAAGAAGAAGAAUAUAACCGAUCCAAGACUAAACAUAUGCUUUGAGAAGUUUUGCUUUUGGGAGAGCAUGCUGUGGCACUGGGGGGAGGCAAAUUGGACCGACAAUAGCGCCGCGCCAAAGACGCCGACUGCUAGUCUACCUAGCUCAUGAAUGUAACUACUUUCUCUUUCUUCUAUCUCUCUCUCUCUAUAGUUUUAUAGAUAGUUCGAUAGUCGCGGUAAAUACAAAAUUGAAAUCUCAUACUUCUCUAAUACAUAUACUGCGUCGAGUAUCGUUGGAUUCAGCAGUCUCAUUGUAUCGACGGCGGACAAAUUUUGGCUAAUAAAUUCCUCAGCAUUCCAAUGUUGGUACAUAA